GAAAGUUGUCAGAGGGGAAGCGUCAAGAUGGUGAAAUUUGGGCUCCAGUUCAAAGCCACUUUGGAAAAUGUCACCAACGUGAGACCGGUGGGCGACGACUUCCGCUGGUUUCUGAAGCUGAAGUGUGGAAACUGUGGAGAGAUCCCAGAUAAGUGGCAGUAUGUAACCCUUGCGGAUAGUGUACCACUUAAAGGAGGAAGAGGCAGUGCCAGCAUGGUGCUGAAAUGUAAACUUUGUGCCAGGGAAAAUUCAAUAGACAUCCUGGGAGACACCAUUAAACCUUAUAAUGCUGAGGACAGUGAAAGCUUUAAGACAAUGGUGCAGUUCGAGUGUCGAGGUCUGGAGCCCGUCGACUUCCAACCACAAGCUGGCUUCGCUGCACAGGGAGCCGAGUCUGGGACACAAUUUCCUGAAAUCAACCUACAAGAGAAAGACUGGACAGACUAUGAUGAAAAAGUCAAUGAAUCGGUGGGAAUUUAUGAGGUCACUCAUCAGUUCAUCAAGUGCUGAUGUCCUCGUGAUAGCCUCAAACACAGGCAAUGAACACUAUAAACCAGUCACUGUGGGGCCUCUGCCCAGGCUUCAGUGAUGCUUCAGAAGCAGAGGUGGUGGGUUUGGUUGAUGAACCAUAACAGGAGAGGAUUUACACCCAUUUUUGUCCGGUCUCCUGUGGGAUUAAUCAACAUGAUCAAGUCUUUUUCCCCACUGCCUCAAUAAAUUUGAACAUUGAAAAUUUG